AUGCCAGCCCAGACGGCGUGCCCGAUUUCAGAGGUUGACCGAGCAUUGUCCGCCUACGUCAAUUCUCGCCAAGAUACACUACGCAUUCGACGUACGCUAUCAAAAUACUUGACAUCCACCCUGCGGCCAGUCAAUGCAUCAACCCAACUCCAGCACCUGAACCAUGAGUGUCCUCAGAACCUGUCUGCAGCCAACACGAAUCCUCCCGGCCUGAAGGAUAGUCGUCUUGAAUACCUUCAAGCGCUUCGGGCUCGCGCCAAAGCACAGGCAAAACACAAUGAGCUCCAGGCUUCGCUAGAACAGCUACGGGCUCGUCACGUGGACGACAAUCCCACCCAACCGGAACCCGAGCACGACGACAAUGUCACCCAAGGUUAUGUUUUUCUACUACGGCAGCGCCGCCGGCAUGCAGAGCUUCAGGUCAUUCAAGAAUCUCUGGAAAAACUUCUCAGCGCAAAGCCCUCCACGCCCUCCUCAGAUCCCCGAGAUUUAGUCAAGCGCGCAAUUGGCGAGCAACCUGAUGUCCCUGCAGAGCGUCUGGAUAAUCUUUUCCAGGCCGAAGACGACCAAGUAUCGAUUUUCAAACUGAAGCAAGAAGUUCUGGAGGCAAGAGCAAGCAUGGAGCGAGCUCAAGCCGCCAAAACAAAAGCACAAGACACAGCACCCAGUGCCCCGUCGACAACUCUCCAAUCACAAGUCUACGCUCUCGAACAAGCAAGAAAUGAACUUGUAGACUGGAUACAGGGGGAACUGGCCAAGCUCGAGGAAGAAAGCAUUUUCCUCGAAGACGCCUCACCCAUCAAGCGUCCAGUCAGGAACGGCACUGCAGCUGCUGCACCCGACACAACCCAUUCCGCAAUCGACCGUGCCUCAGCAACAGCAAAAAUCCAAGCAUCAUACGACAAAUACACCGCCGCCCGAGCCAAUCUCCUAGAAGCGCAUCUCAGUCUCCAGAACCCUGCACCAGCACCAAAUGCAGAAGAAAACGACUCUUCGACAAACGACAACAACGCCGUCUCUCCACCAACGCCCGUAAACGCAAACACGGUAUCUACCUCUUCGAAACCAAUUAACCCCAUAUCCAAACUCUUCCCUUACCUCCCUCCCCUCGCACACAUUGCAACCACCGAGCGCGCACUCACCCAGCGCACGGUCCACCUCGCCGCCCACCUCGCCGCCGCAGACCAAGACGCACAGGAAGCCCUGGUACGGCUCUCGGGCGAAAGCCACUUGUUGCCUUCUGCUGGCGGUUCCAAGGAGGCCGCGGCGUGGGCCAAGGUGGCAGCCGAGGCUGAUGCUGCGACCGAAGCUCUUGUCAAGGAGCGCCUGGAGGAGAGUGCAAACGAGGUAGCAGGUGUAGCUAUGGUUGUCGAUUUGUGUUCGUUGCAGAGUCGGGUUUUGGAUACGGUGUGA